AUGGCAGUUGAACAAAGGAGGCGGUCGUUCAGUUUCGAAGAAUAUGCCGAUAUCCUUUUCUACUAUGGAGAUGCCAGAGGCAAUGCUGAAGAAGCUCGUCGUGAACUCAAAAUUGAUAGUAAUUGUGAAUCCUGUGCAAGGUUAUUUUCUUUGUUUGUCACUGAAAAACAUCUAUUUGUGACAUUUAAAGAGCAUGAUGAGGAAAUGCGAUUCAAGUAUGCAAGUGAAGAUUUAAUUAACCUGAUUGGUCUUCUGGAUGAAAAACUGUAUGCAUUUCUAGAGCAGCAUGGUACAGAAGACCAACUGGAAGUUAACUUUAAACGGAAGUAUUCCUGCAUCGUUCAAAAUUACAGCUUUUGUCAGCAGCAUGAUGUGGCAAAAGGUAUAAUUUAA